AUGUCUGAAAUAAAACCAGAGUUGGGUUUCUACAUUUGGCAGUAUUGUUUGGGCUUCUUAUUUGUUUAUUUAGAUAGCCAUUUUGAAGAGAAUCCCCCCUGUAUGGAAAUGGAGUGUGGAGAAUACAACUUUGAUGACAUAAGCCCGCUUCCUAUUGGAGAUGAAGCGGCCGAGGUGAAAGACAUUGUCCUGUGCAAGAUCAUGUACACCGAUGAGUUCAAGCAGGUGUUUUCUUACUUGCGAGCACUCAUGGAGAAAGAGGAACUGAGCAGAAGAGCGAUGUAUGUUGCCUGUAGGGCCAUAUCUCUUGUACCGGCGCAUUAUACGGUGUGGGAAUACAAAUUUCGGAUUGUUAAAGAAUUGGUGAACAAGAACGAGUACGAUGUCUUGCAAGAGCUCGAGUGGUGUUCACAUGUGUCAUUGGCAAAUGAGAAGAAUUAUCAAAUUUGGCACUAUAGGGAGAUGGUGAUUGAGUUACUGAUUAAUACAGCGUACGGAGGAGAGAAAGAAAAGUAUGAUUUAUGCGGAGAGUAUGACAUCAUCAAACAAAUGCUUGCUAGAGACACUAAGAACUACCAUGUGUGGUCCCACAAGCGCUGGGUGGUGCAGUACUUUGGUUUGUUCAGAAGUGGAGAGGAAUUGCAGUACACAGAGACACUGAUUGAUGAAGAUGUGAGAAACAAUUCUGCGUGGAACUUUAGGCAUUUCAUACUAUUUGGAGACAAGGCUGACGCCAAGAAAAACAGAGACACGCUUAGCCACGAGAUUGGGUUUACCAUUAGCCAGAUUGCCAGGGCCAUCACGAAUCCCUCGUCGUGGAAUUACUUGAAGUUCUUGUACGGAGAGUGUUUACAAGAAGAAUUUCGUGAUCUAUACGACGAAAUCAAGAAGACGGUUCUCCAAUACACCCUUUCUGCCUCUGGCGACGAGGAGAGGCUUCUUGACCAGGGGCACCAUCGUGUAGCUGUACCAGCAUUUGAAGUGUUAGCCGAAAUGCAUGCUCACGAAGGUGAUGCUGAUGCGCAGAGACACGUCUAUGGUCUCCUUGCUGAGAAACUCGACCCAGUAAGACGCAACUAUUGGAAGUACAAAAGCUCACUUGUGUAG